AUGUUAAAACCAAUAUCAGAAGAAGAAUUUAUUAAUUUUAGAAAUAUUUGUAUUAAAAAUGAUAAUUUUACUGAAUAUAGUAAAGAAGGAAAUACAAUAUGUUAUCAAGGAAUAAAUAUUAAACCAGGAUAUUUUUGUACAAAAGCAAUAACAACUGAUUUAUUUGUAAAAUAUUCAGUUCAACAAAUUUUUGAUUUUUUAAAUGAUGAAAAUUUUAGAAAUCAAUGGGAUUCGUUAUUAAUGAGUAGAGAAAUUAUUAAACAAAUUGAUGAUUGUAAUCAAAUUAUUCAUUAUUGUACAAGUCUUCCAAUGAUUUCUAAACGAGAUUAUGUAUAUUAUAAAAGUAUAUGGAUGAGUGAUGAUAAAGAAGAAUUUAUUAUUUUAAAUAAAUCAGUUAAUAUUCCUGAAUGUCCUGAAAUAAAUGGUUUUGUUAGAGCAUUAUGUGAAAUGAGUGGAUAUAUGGUUAAAAAAAAUGAAAAAGGAGAAAAUGUUUUUUAUUAUUAUGCUUAUAAUGCUUUUGGUGGAUGGGUUCCAACUUGGGUUGUUAAUUCUUUAAUUUCUUCUCAAGGUUAUUCAUUAUUAAAAAAAUUAUCUGAAUGUUGUGAAAGAUAUCCAGAAUGGAAAAAAACACAUAAUCCUGAAGAAAAACCAUGGAAUUUAUUAAAAGAUAAAGUUAUAAUUCCUAAAUAA